ACCAGCAGAGUCACACACACUGAGCGAGCUAAACCAUGGCGACCCGAGCCAAAGCAACCAUCCCUCUCCUCUUUCUCCUCGGCACCAGCCUUCUCUUCGCCGCGGCUGUUUCCGCCUCCCAUGACGACGAGGAUGACAGGCGCGGCGGGCACUCGCUGCAGCAGUGCGUGCAGCGAUGCCGGCAGGAGCGGCCGCGGUACUCGCAUGCCCGGUGCGUGCAGGAGUGCAGGGACGACCAGCAGCAGCACGGAAGGCACGAGCAGGAGGAGGAGCAGGGCCGUGGCCGUGGCUGGCACGGCGAGGGAGAGCGUGAGGAGGAGCACGGCCGUGGCCGUGGCCGGCAUGGCGAGGGAGAGCGUGAGGAGGAGCAUGGCCGUGGCCGUGGCCGGCACGGCGAGGGAGAGCGUGAAGAGGAGCGUGGCCGUGGCCAUGGCCGGCAUGGCGAGGGAGAGCGCGAGGAGGAGCGUGGCCGUGGCCGUGGACGGCACGGCGAGGGAGAGCGUGAGGAGGAAGAGGGCCGUGGCCGAGGCCGGCGCGGCGAGGGAGAGCGUGAUGAGGAGCAAGGGGACAGCCGCCGGCCGUACGUGUUCGGCCCGCGGAGCUUCCGUCGCAUCAUCCAGAGCGACCACGGGUUCGUGAGGGCCCUUCGCCCGUUCGACCAAGUGUCCAGGCUCCUCCGGGGCAUCAGGGACUACCGUGUCGCCAUCAUGGAGGUGAACCCGCGCGCGUUCGUCGUGCCGGGAUUCACGGACGCGGACGGCGUCGGCUACGUCGCUCAAGGCGAGGGGGUGCUGACGGUGAUCGAGAACGGCGAGAAGCGGUCCUACACCGUCAAGGAAGGCGAUGUCAUCGUGGCGCCGGCGGGGUCGAUCAUGCACCUGGCUAACACCGACGGCCGGAGGAAGCUGGUCAUCGCCAAGAUCCUCCACACCAUCUCCGUGCCCGGCAAGUUCCAGUUUUUGUCGGUCAAGCCUCUGCUGGCGAGUUUGAGCAAACGCGUGCUCCGAGCGGCUUUCAAGACCUCCGAUGAGCGGCUUGAGAGGCUGUUCAACCAGCGCCAAGGCCAGGAGAAGACGAGGUCCGUGUCCAUCGUCCGCGCGUCCGAGGAGCAGCUCCGUGAGCUGCGUCGCGAGGCGGCCGAGGGCGGGCAGGGCCACCGCUGGCCUCUCCCUCCGUUCCGCGGCGACUCCCGCGACACCUUCAACCUUCUGGAGCAGCGCCCAAAGAUCGCCAACCGCCAUGGCCGCCUCUACGAGGCCGACGCCCGCAGCUUUCACGCUCUCGCCAACCAGGACGUCCGGGUCGCCGUUGCCAACAUCACGCCGGGUUCUAUGACGGCGCCGUACCUGAACACGCAGUCGUUCAAGCUCGCCGUCGUGCUGGAAGGCGAGGGCGAGGUGCAGAUCGUGUGUCCGCACCUUGGCCGCGAAAGCGAGAGCGAGCGAGAGCACGGAAAGGGCAGGCGGCGCGAGGAAGAGGAGGACGACCAACGGCAGCAACGUCGUCGCGGGUCCGAGUCCGAGUCGGAGGAGGAGGAGGAGCAGCAGAGGUACGAGACGGUCCGUGCGCGGGUGUCGCGCGGCUCGGCGUUCGUGGUGCCGCCCGGCCAUCCGGUGGUGGAGAUCUCGUCGUCCCAAGGCAGCAGCAACCUCCAGGUGGUGUGCUUCGAGAUCAACGCCGAGAGGAACGAGAGGGUAUGGCUCGCCGGGAGGAACAACGUGAUCGGCAAGCUCGGCAGCCCCGCCCAGGAGCUCACGUUCGGCAGGCCGGCGAGGGAGGUGCAAGAGGUGUUCCGCGCACAGGAUCAGGACGAGGGCUUCGUCGCCGGACCCGAGCAGCAGAGCCGAGAGCAGGAGCAGGAGCAGGAGCGGCACCGCCGCCGUGGUGACCGCGGGCGCGGCGACGAAGCCGUGGAGACGUUCCUGAGGAUGGCAACCGGUGCGAUCUGAAAUGCCACCACUGUCAGUGAGCCCGUGCCGGUUUAAGAGCUGGACUUGUGUGUGUAAUACGCGGGAGUAGAAUAAAUAAGUGUGGCACGGGCUCAGUACGAAUGAUGUAAGCUGCCUACCGACCUACUACUAUCAAGGCAUGCACAUAAAUAAAGACAAGGGCGUGACUGGCGUCUCUUUUCCAGUAUUUUCUA